GCGGGACAUCGGCCAUGCAGGACCGACCCACACACCGUGCUACCACACGAAGCGGAUUCACUUCUUGAAAAGUGCGAAUCACCUUCGAAAAGGCUGGCGCGCAACAUGCGCUCGCUGCUGUCCGCGCAAUUCCUUCACGUGGCUGCAUCGCGGGCAGUGUCGCUCUUCGUGCUCUCUUCGUUCCUGCUCACCGCCGUUGACUUCGGCUCGGACAACGGUCUCAGCGGCUACGAGGCUGUCGCCCUGGUCACCGUUAGCGCCGUCGGUGACCUGGUGUCCAGGAUAGGCACCGGCUUGAUUCUCGACUCGAAGGUGAUCAGCGGAGACGCCUUGAUGCUCUGGAGCUUCGCCAUCCAGGGUGUCUCGCUGGCCGUCAUGGCGCUGGUCAAACAAUAUUGGAUUCUCCUUACCAGCUGCUUCUUCACUGGCGUGACGGGCGGUGGAAGAAUAUUCGCCUGCACCGUCAUGGUUGCCGAGCUGUUCGACGAGCGGUCUCUACCGCUAAGCCUGGGUGUCACAAACUUCGUCGCCGGCAUAAUCUGCCUUGCACGGCCGCCCCUCAUUGGUUACAUUCGUGACGUAAUGGGUUCGUACGACCUGCUGUACAUAGCAUUUGCUGUCACCAAUGCCAUCUUCACGAUAACGUGGACAAUAAGCCUGUGCUGGAAAAAAUGUCAUAAGAAGCGGGAGUGGCAAUUCAUCGAUGGCUUUGCAGGUGAAGAGCAGGAGACAAGAAACUGAAGAGAACGCAUACUGGACGCAUACGCCCUGACUGUGAUCCCUUAUGUUUUCACGUACAUGUGUACUAUUUAUAUUCCGCCAAGCGCAUAUCUCAGAUACCUUUAUUUAUUGUACAAUAAACGCCAACUUUGAAUAAGUUAAGAAGCCUUGAAUGUUGGGCCAAUCGGUGAAUCAUAUGGCGUCGUUG